GAACAUAAGGUUUGAUCAACCCAAACAAACAUUUCUUCCUUGCAUUCUGAUAGAGGAGAACAUUCUACACCCCUUGCUGCAGCCUGCACACUACUGUCUUUUCCAGCUAAAUCAGAGAAGUGAACUUUUGCACUACAUAUCAACCAUGAAAUCCUCACUUCAGGAACUUGUUCUUGGAAUACCAAUCAGCUCAGCAGCAUACAAAGUUGAUAGGUCACCAAUAAAGGGGUACUUACUUGAUCCUGCUAGCCAAUACAACAAUCCAUCACGUAAAGGUAGUGCAGAUACAGGGCUAAAAAGGAAGAACAAGGCAGGGAAAAAAGGAACCACUUUUGCACAUGGAGUCCGAGAGCAUGUGAGAAUAGGGCCCAAAAUCACUGAAACUGUGAAGGGGAAGUUGAGCUUGGGGGCUAGAAUUCUUAGAGUAGGUGGUGUGGAGAAAGUCUUCAAGAGGUUAUUCAGUGUUAGAGAAGAAGAAAAACUAUUGAAAGCUUCCCAAUGCUAUUUAUCAACCACAGCUGGUCCUAUAGCUGGCCUACUCUUUAUCUCCACAGACAAAAUUGCAUUCUGCAGUGAGAGAUCAAUCAAAAUCUCUUCUUCAGAUGGCGAGAUGAAAAGAAUCCAUUAUAAGGUCUUGAUUCCUUUAACAAAAAUAAAGAGAGUCAACCAAAGUGAGAAUGUAAAGAGACCUUCAGAGAAGUACAUGGAAAUAGUUACUGUCGAUAAUUUUGACUUCUGGUUUAUGGGUUUCUUUAAUUAUCAGAAAGCUUUCAAGUAUCUUCAGGAAGCAAUUUCUCAAGCUUAGAGGAAUGGCUAGUCACUUAACAGCCAUAAAUGUUAAUUCUCAUCUACUUCUCAGAUGUAAUAUGUACAGCUAGGAACUCUUUGUACAAUUUCAGGCAUUGUAUCAGUUUUUGUAAUGAUAAAAUGCUCUCUGAUUCUGCAACAUAAUUAACUUUUUGCAAACAUAAUUAAAUUCUUGCUA